CUUACGGAACAUGCCCUCUGUUUUGGAAACUGGCCCUGCACGAAUUCGCCCGCUUUCUUAGACAUACCUGCUGUAUUCACACUAUAGCUUAAGAUAACAAGAAUAUAGCGUCUAAAUAGUCACAAUGCUCGAAUCUCCAGGCGGGCCGCGACCGCAUACGCGAGAUUACAACUGAGCGCAGCGUAGCAAAGCUUGUGUGUGGCAAUUGGAUUGGGACUGGAGAGCAGCGGCUCGCAGCAAGGCAGCGAUUCUUCGCAGCGAAAGGGGUCGGGUUCAGGCUGAGCCGGCAGGGGUUACUUCAGCGUCGGGCUGCGGCAGAUCCACCUGCAGCCGGGCACACGUCCCGGGGAACGCAGCCACUGACUAUCAUACAGGGUGGGCUCUGUCAGCGCACCAGCAGUCGCCAGCCGGGGCGCCAGAGCGAGCGCUGAGCGCGCGGCAGGAUGGUGCUGGGAUUAUUGUUCCGCCGCAAGGCGCCAGAGCCGGAGGCCGCAGCACCGCCGCCCGUGCCAGCGGCCAAGGCGCCGCCGCCGCCGCCGCGCACCGACAGCAGCGAUGACGCUGCCGAGCUCAGCGUCGCGCGGCGGCAGGGCUCCCAGGUCAAUCUCAACCGGCUGCUGAAUGCCGCGCCGCACGGCCUGAAUGCCGUCCUGAAGAAGAACACCAUGGACUCCGACCUCACAGCCAACUUCACGCCCACGCCGCCGUCACAGCCACCGGCGUCGUACCAGCAGCAGCAGCAGCAGCAGCGGGGGGAGGGGUAUGGGGACGACGUGCCGGCGCCACGCGGCAAGGGUCGUGAGCGGCGGCGCUCCAUGACCAUGAGCGAGAUGGUUGCCAACAUGAACAACAUACACUUGGGCCAGGCCGCCAUGAUCAUGAUGCCGCAGCGCGCGCGUCAGGAGCUGGGCGGCGGGGACCCCAGCGGCCAGGCGGCGGCGGCGGCGCCGCGAUCACGGGCGUCCGUACCUCAAGCCAUGGACGCCUCGUCCGCACUGGGCAGCGGCGCCGCGCUGGCGGGCAUGCGCGGACUGGAGCGGCAGCCGUCCAUCAUCCGGGAGGCCAUGAAAAUGCAGCAAUCGCAAGGCCAGCCGCAACAACAGGGACAGCAGGCGCCGCCGUCAGCGCAGCUGUCUUCUCCGCAGGUCCACUCCAGCGGCUACAGCCGCAGCAGCGCGCACCACUCCCACUCCCACCACCACGGCCCUGGCGACGGGCUGCCCUCCGCCAACCUGGCGCAGCUGGCGGCCGCACUGGCCGGCCAGGGCCCAGCGGAGCGCGCCCCCGCCGCCACCCGGCCGGGCGAGCGCCGUGCCUCCAUGCUGCUGCUUCAGCACAGCCUCGGCUCCGUGGCCAGCGGCGGCGGCAGCGGCAACAGCCGCUCCUCAGUCAUGGGCGGGCCCGGCACGGGCGCGGCGCUUGGCGCGGCAGGAGCAGGCGGCGAGCGCGGCGGGCUGCAGCAGCAGCAGCUGGCGCCGCAGCCGCCGGUAGCGGGCGGCGGCUCAGUGCGGCGGUCGGACCAGGGCGAGGCCUUCCGCAUGCGGGCGCUGGCGCCGCCGCAGGCCAAUCCCAUGGAGGUGGUCAUCAACAAUGUGCGGGGUCUGAAUCGGUCCUGGAACGCCGGCGAGGAGGGCGGCGGCAGCAUCAGCGGCGGCGUGAGUGGCGGCGGCGGCGGCAACAGCGGCAGCGGCGGCUUGGGCGGCGUCUCGCACUCGGGCUCGGGUGCGGAGCGGCAGCACCAGUUCGGCGGCGGCGUGUCGGUGGGGGUCAGCGGCAGCGCCAGCCAUGGGCAGGGGCGCGGCAGCCACGGGCAGGGGCAGAGCCACAGCGCCAAGGACAUGCGGUCUCGGGCCAUGCGAGGAAGCUACUCGGGCAGCAAGGGGCCGGGCGGCGGCGCCGACACGGCCGGCAACAACACAGAGGAUGGCGAGGCCGUACGGCCGCCUAGUGUGUCGGCACACGCCACUGCCCCCGGCAGCACCACCAACGACCUGAAGCUGCCCAGCAUCAGCGGGGCGCUGCCGCGGGUCCGGCAGUUGAGUGAUGUGAGCGGCGACGGGCGAGGCGCACUGCCAGGGCUGCCGGGCGGCGCGGGCAAGGGGCAGCUGUCGCAGGCGGACGUGGCGGCGAUCACGGAGGCGCUGGCGGCGCAGCAGAACGACGCUGCCCGCAUUCGCGCUGCGGCUCUGCGCAAGAUGGACACGCGCAUCAAGCGCACCGUCAUGGACCGACACCUGGGUCCGGAGGACAGUGGGGGCGGGGGAGGCGGAGACGACGGCGACAGCAACUCGUACGGCGGCAGCAACGGCCGCACGCACUCCAAGCUCUCGCCGCAGCCCCAUAUGCAGCGGUCGCCCCUGAACCGGCCGGUGGGCGUGCAGCCGCACAUGAGCGUGGCGGAGAGCGCCGUAGCGCGGGCCAAGGCACGACUGCUGGAGACGGAGCAGGAGACGACUGACGAGCUCAACCAGCUGCGUAAGAACUCCAUCAUCGGGCCCAAUGGGCUCCUGCCCAAUGGCAAGAUUCCUGCUGACCUUUUGGCGGACCCUUUGCCACCGCCGCGUGGGCGGAGGUAGCAGCAGCGCAAUGGCAGCGGCUUCGGAGGUGGCUGGCGACGUGGCGAAGCGCAACAGCGGCAGAGCUGCUUGCGCAGCGGCAACAGAGCUGCUUACCGUAGCGACAUGGCGGCAUGGCGGCUGGGAGUGACAACAGGUGGUGGCGAUACGCGAGAGGAGGGAGAGCGGCACGCUUCGGGGUAAUUGCUGUUGUUGGUGUAACCUGAUGCCGCAGACGCGGCGGAAAUGCGCAUGGCGGCUCAGACCCCUGCAUGCAUUGGUCACCAAGCGUGUGGGUUGGGUCGUGCAUGCCUGUCUAUCACAUGCAAGCCAAUUGCCAGCAUGCAUGAAGCGAAAGAACGUGUGGUCGAGGAGAAGCGCGCGUUGUGGACGGGGGUGCGUGUUGCCCGGCGUGAGCACCAACACCGACGUGUGUCCGGCUGUGCAUUUACUUGCGAACGGGGGAGGGUUGCCGUAACAUGACAGCGCCAGGAUCAGCUUUGUGUGCGCGUGACCACCUGCAACACCAACUAAGGAUGCUAUGAUUACACAAGAUUGACUCGAAUUCAGUAACCGACGCGUGCGUGCCAGGGGGCACGCGCUGUACAGUGCUGGGAUGCGCCGCUGGAGUGUUGAAUGGUGGUGUGGUGCGGUUGACACUGGCUUUGCUCGAGAGAUACAGUUCGCGUGUUGCUGUGAGGCUCGUUGCUAUACGUUGUGUGGCGCCGAAAGGUGUUCGCGAUGCUCAAGAAGGCGGUGUGGAGUGGCGGAGCGGGAUGCGCAUAGCAUCUCAUCUACAUUGGGAACUUGGACGGCAGGUUAUGAUAUCUUAGUGCUACGCAACAAACAGCAACAUCAGUGGUGACAAUCACCCCUGGUGACAAUAGCAUUCGGUUCUGUUUCGGGGCGUAGCGAUUGAGCUAUGUGAGGCACUCAGUAUGGAUGGGAUGGGUGUGAGCCAUUGUGACGCGGCCACUGACACUGGAGGGUGGGCUGGCGCAUGCUUGGGCGCAACUUGGGCCGUUAGGCAUUUGCGCGCGGUAGGUGGGGGAUUUGUGUGUCGACGGUAAUCGACAAACCAGGCGUGCAUGGCCUGUUGCAUGGUGUUCCCCAUCGCUGCAAUCCAUGGGCCACACAAGGCUCACACUGGCU